CUUGUUUCACACCAGUCCCAUCGUUCUCUAUAUAAACCAUUCUUCUCUCUCUCUCGCUCUCGUUUUUUUAAGAUUCGUCUCUCCCCUCUCUUACGAUUUUUCGAUCCAACGAUUCACACAGAUCUAAAUCUAAUGGCAUCCAACGGUGAAAAAGGACUGAUCGUAAGCUUCGGCGAGAUGCUAAUCGAUUUCGUACCAACCGAAUCAGGCGUAUCUCUCGCCGAAGCUCCUGGUUUUCUCAAAGCUCCAGGCGGUGCUCCAGCCAACGUCGCGAUCGCAGUUUCUCGUCUCGGCGGACGAUCCGCUUUCGUCGGAAAACUCGGUGACGACGAGUUCGGUCAUAUGCUCGCUGGGAUUCUAAGGAAGAACGGUGUCGCUGAUCAAGGGAUCAACUUCGAUACGGGAGCUAGAACUGCUUUAGCUUUCGUUACGUUGCGUGCUGAUGGAGAUCGCGAGUUUAUGUUUUACCGGAAUCCUAGCGCCGAUAUGCUUCUCCGUCCUGAUGAACUCAAUCUCGACCUCAUCAGAUCCGCGAAAGUGUUUCACUAUGGGUCGAUAAGUUUGAUAGUGGAGCCAUGUAGGUCUGCUCAUUUGAAGGCUAUGGAAGUAGCGAAAGAAGCUGGAGCUCUUCUUUCCUACGACCCUAACCUUAGAGAACCUUUGUGGCCAUCAAAGGAAGAAGCCAAGACACAGAUUAUGAGUAUUUGGGACAAAGCUGAGAUCAUCAAGGUGAGCGACGUUGAGCUUGAGUUUUUAACUGGAAGCAACAAGAUUGAUGAUGACACCGCAAUGUCCUUGUGGCAUCCUAACUUGAAGCUCCUGCUUGUCACUCUCGGUGAAAAGGGAUGUCGGUAUUACACUAAGAGUUUCAAAGGAUCCGUUGACCCUUUCCAUGUGAACGCUGUGGAUACAACCGGAGCUGGAGACUCCUUUGUCGGUGCUCUCCUAAACCAGAUUGUCGACGAUCAGUCCGUUCUCGAGAACGAAGAGAGAUUGAGAAAAGUGUUGAGAUUCGCCAACGCUUGUGGAGCAAUCACCACGACCAAAAAAGGAGCCAUUCCAGCUCUUCCCUCAGAUGCUGAAGUUCGCAGCUUUCUCGAAGGGAAAUAGAAACAAAAGCAACUCAAGCUUUCACCAUGUAAUCCUGUUUUGCGCGGCUUUCUUCUCUUUUCGUAUUCUUGUUUUCGGAUUGGAGAGAAACAAAUUGGGCAUUCCGCUCUGUUUUUGUUCCUCUUCUUCAAAUAUAAUGGUUUAAAAAGACUUCUGUUGCAGUUCAUGGCAUCACAUGCUAAUAAAAUGAUGCAUUAUUUUUCUCC